AUGUCUUCUGGGGAUGGCGCCAGAAACAAUCCACCUGAGGCUUCGGGAGCUGCCAAAGCGGGCUCUCGAAAGAAGAUCCGACCCACAUACUCGUGCUUAAACUGCCACAAACGCAAAGUCAAGUGCGACCGAGUAAAGCCGUGCGGUGCCUGCUGCCUCCGCGGUACACCGUCCGAGUGCGAAUACGGCACCAGCAAGCGGGACCGCCAUUACAUUCAGCAGUCGGCUUUAAUCGAGAACCUUCUUCGGUCCUGUGAGAACCUGAAACAGCAGCUUGCCGAAGCUCGCCAACUCGCCAAUCUUCCCGCCAUAAAGGACGAAGACGGAUCGCUACCGAGCAGCCAGGCGCUCUACUCCAUCAAGGAGUCGGACAACUCGGUUGAGGAUGGAGACGACUCAUUGGACGAAUUAGACCUUUCUUCCAAGGCCGCAGACAAUCAGUCUUUGGCUUCACCCAACACAGUAGCGCUGGAGGAGCAACGUACACGUAAAGAAACUAACGCAUUAAUUGAAUUUUAUGUUGAACGCUUGGUCACUGAUUUCAGUCCCCCCCAAGUCAGCGGCACCAUCGCGUUACGUGAAGCUCGGUCCUUGCGAGUCUUUUCGCCAAUUCUGUGCAGUGCGUUUGAAGCGGCAUCUCUCACAUUCGCUGGCCGGCGCGAUGGAAACCGCUCAGUCGAGGUAGCUGGACACUCGCGUUACCUCCGAGUCUUGCGCUCUCUUCAACAUGCUUUGUAUGACCCUCAACAGGGCAAGUCGACCGAGGUCCUUGUCGUCGUUCUCCUAGCUACUAUCAUAGAAGCCUUCAAGCAAACAUCAAAAGACUCACUUCUCAAGCAUCAGCUGGGUGGUUUGGAGCUUUUACGGACUCGAACACCAUAUCGACAUCGACAUGGGAUUGAGCGCUCUUUGUAUGUUGACCUUCGGAUGUAUUGGGUCACGGCAGCCUUGGUACAUCGGAAGCCUACUUUCCUUGCGGAAAAAGAUUGGUUGACAGUCCCAUGGCCUGGAGACGGACCGGCCAAAGACAUCCUUCAACGCCUGCUGGAUGUUGCAGUGCAUAUCCCCGGAUAUCUUGCCCAAGUUGACGAGUUCUCAGCGCUACUAAAAGGGGGGAACAAGCCCCCAUCAGAGCUAGUUAACAUGCAGAGUGCCAUUUGGGAACGGGCCACCGAACUUCAAGGUCUUCUCCAAGUAUGGAAGAACAUGUAUGCCGACACAUACCCGUCAGGCGGGCCAUGGGAGGAAAGUCCAAGCGAAGCAGACCCAACCGACGACUUCCCCAAAUUCAGGUGUCGCAACCCCAGCACAAUGCAAGUCAUAGUGGGACAAAAUAUCAUGUACCCGGACCUGCUUCUAGCGACAUCAAUGACCUUCUACUGGGCUUUGGGCCUGAUAAUCUCCACCACCGAUCCAGGACUAGUCAGCGUCCUCGGGCUCCAGGAACGAUAUCAGUACGCGUGCAACAUCUGCCGCAGCAUGAAAUACUACACCCAAAACAUCCCGGGCUGUCUGAUCUCACGAGUCAUGUUCAUCCUCCGCACUGCCUUUGACAAUUUCGCAGACGGCAUGGUUGAGAAGGAAUCGAUGGCGGAAAUAUUCACCUAUAUCGGUCGGAAAUUCGAGCUCCCUGUGUUUUCCAACAAAUGCACAUCCUCUUCAGUGAAGGGUGAAGGAAAACCAUGA